AUUCUAGAUAUCCUCACAUUUGUUUCCCAAAAUUCCAUGUGUUAACAUCUCGUUACAACUUUUUUGUUAAACAUUACAAAAUUAUUUGGUUGUAAAAUAUUCGCACUGCAAGUGAGUUUUUAGAAUUUAAGGAAACAUACCCAACGCUUUGAGAAUCCCUUGGUACCAUUUAAAAAAAUCAACAUGUGCUGCGGACCCUGUGGACCCAAGAGCUGUGCCCCGUGCUCGUGCGAAUGCUGCUGCGUUGAAGUAUGCUGCGUUCCUUGCACUCCUGCAUACCUCCAGUGCACCUGUUACCCAUGUGGCCCAUGCGGACCAUGCUGCUAGGACGAUACAUCCACUCAAAUAGGCUGAAACAACUGCUGCAAUAAUACCAUUUUAAAACUGAACCUUAAUUCGAAAAACCAACUUUGCAUGUAAACUUCAUUGGAAUAAAAGAAACAAAUGCCUAUAACAAGAAA